UUUUCAGUAGUUUCGGUUUCCGACUUUGUAACUUUAUUUAAACACCCGGAAGCACAAAAAGCACCGUAAAGCAGCGAGAACUCGUGCAGCCAGAAAUCAUCCACCGUAAAAUGCCGAUAAAAAUCGCAGAGACUCACGGACGGCGAACAGUGAUGGCGCUUUAAUCGCUUUAGCGACGGAUCUGCGGGAAUCCAACGAGUUUAUCCUUCACAUUCAUUGAGUUUGACAACAGACUGUGACGGAACCGAGCGAGAGCCGCUGCCGCCGGUCCGUUUGUGCGCCGAGAUGCCGAGCAAAAAGAAGAAAUACAACGCCAGAUUCCCUCCGGCCAGGAUUAAGAAGAUCAUGCAGACGGAUGAAGAAAUCGGCAAAGUCGCCGCCGCGGUUCCUGUCAUCAUCUCUCGCGCUCUUGAGCUCUUCCUGGAGUCUCUCCUGACGAAAGCGUGUCACGUCACGCAGUCGCGCAACGCCAAAACUAUGACCACGUCACACCUAAAGCAGUGCAUCGAGCUGGAGCAGCAGUUCGACUUCCUGAAGGAUCUGGUGGCGGCGGUGGCGCCCGACAUCCAGGGCGAGGGUGAGGAGAACCACACGGAGGGCGAGAAGAUCCCGCGCAGAGGUCGGAAGCCGGGCUCAGGACGCAAGAACGGCGGCGCAGGAGCCAAAGGCAAAGACAAGAAACUCUCAGGCACCGAAUCAGAGCAAGAGGAUGAUUCAGAGGACAGUGAGACAGAUGGAGAGGAGGACGAGGACACGUCUCACACCAGCACAAACACACAGCCUGCAGCGCUCUUCCACAGUCCGGACGCAGCGGUGGCGCCGCAGGUGCCGUACGCUCCGAUGGGCUCCCAGCAGGUGGCGCCGGUGUCGUCGUUGGCCCCGCACGCGUCUCUGAUGGGUCUGCUGCCGGCCGCGCCCGUCCCGCACAAGAACGAGGACGACGACGAGGACUACGACUCGUAGCUGCGCCGCUCCUCUGCCUCUUCUCUUCCGUUCUUCUCUGUGCGCGAACAGAGGGACAGGCGAGCCGUGGCGAGCGGCGAGAGCGGCUCGGAGUCCAGCGGCCGCGGCGCGCCACGACCCAUAGCUUCUCUAUUAGAUACGUUUUAAGUUCUUUUUUUAAUCUUAUUUUAUUGUCCAGGAAGAGUUAAAGUUGUUUUAUUGAGUCGGCGUUUUUUUUUUUUUGGAUAAACGGCCCCAGAAGCGAGAGCGUGUCGAUUUCCCCCUCAUGUAUUCUUGCACUUUUCUUUAGUUUCCCCGUCUCUCGUCAUGUUUUAAGAGCAUAUCACUCCCGUCGGCUUUACGUUGCGCUCUUCUGGUUACGCUGAGGAAGUUCAGGAGAUGUUUUGUUCGUUUUAGCAGCAGAUGCUGGCGAGAGCGGCUCGUCCUCACCCGCAGAGAAUCCUUGAGUUGUUUUGUAAGGGAAAUGCAGAGCGAACAGUUCUGUUCUUUUGCUUUUGUGACUUAUGUUUCUGGUUUUGUCCUUUUUAAGCUAGUUUUACGAUUAAAGCUUCUCUCUCCCAGCGAUCAAACUGUCUAGCGGCACUUUCAUGCAGUUUUUAAUUCAUUCUGUUCAAGGUUGUUCACCGGAUGAGAACGCGUCGGUUUGGUUUGCAGAGAGUCUAUCCAGAGCGUUUAAUGGUUUCUCUGUUCAUUUCCCGGACGAUGCACGUUUGUAUAGAUGAUUUCCCCUUUGUUUUAUAUCUUUUAGACUCUUUUAAUGUUUGCUGUGAACUUGGAGAGUGUCAGGUGACUUCUCUCGUCUCGCUCAGACUGUCUGUUCGCUUUUAACAUUCUCUUGAUUUUGUAUGAGUGAAAUAAACUUUGAGGUUUCAGUAAUUUGCUCUUUCGAUGUGCUUUACUCACGGCUCCAAAAACAUGAAAACGCUGAGUUUGUGGUUCUUAUAAUCAUUCUUUAAUUUGGUUUGUGGUCCUGAGAGCUCAUCUUUACUGAGUUUAAGUCAAACUGUUCAAUAAUUACAUGUGGUUUAAUGGCACAGACUUUUGAAGAAACCAAUCGCGUCUUGACUUACUGAGGGUUUUAAUCGUAGCAGUGCUGCACACUGAAAUGCGUUAGGGUUAAACUAAAACCAUCAUAAAUAAAUAUUACUUGAAGUAAAAUACAUGUAAUGUGAAAAAAAAUUAAACAAAACUAAAGCUGCAACUAAGAAAAACUUAAAACUAUAUAGACAUAACAAGCAAAAACAAAGCAUCAAGAUUACUGAAACUUUAACUAAAAUUAAAGUGAGAUGCAGUAAAAACUACACUGACUGACUGAUUCACACAUACACAUGAUAGUUCCCUAAAACUAAAACCAUAAAAUUGUUACUUGAAGUAAAAUAAAAUAUGAAAAAUGUAUUUUGAACAAUUAUUCUAGUUCAGCCAGGUGCCGUGGCAACAUUCCUUACUUUUAAGUUUAUUUAAAAAUGCUAAAAGGUUUCUCAUUUGAUUCAUUAGAUUAGUAGUCUUAUUGACAGAAACACAAAAUACAAUAUAAUAAAAUAAUCUGUCUAUGUACACUGCCCUCCAAAAGUUUGGAAACACCCCUGGCAAAGUGUGGUUUGGACGAUAUCAGCAUAAAUCCUUAUCAUUUUUUGGAGCAAAUACAUUAAAGUUGACAUUAUCAUUGAAGAGCAGCAAUAAUAGUUUUCAUUUUGAUGACAUAGUAAUGGCAAUAUACACAUGUCAAAGUCAGACAUGCCCCUUUGUCAGCUGUGAUGUCUGGUUACGGCUUUAAACUUGGUCCAGGUUUUUAAAAGGUUUUUGGUUCAGCACACACUAAUAGCUUCAACAAUUAAUUGCCAAUUAAGUUCAGAAUACAAUGAAUUUAGGCCCAGAUUAUGCAGAGCUGUAAUAGCUGCUAAUGCUGGGUGUUUUGAUGAAUAGAAAAUUCACGUUAUGUAAUAAAACAUGUUUUCAUAGUUUGUGUUGUCCCUUCUCAGUGCAAAAAAGGAUUCAUGCCAAUAUUGUCCAAAACCCUACUUUUCUAGGGCGUUUCCAAACUUUUGGAGUGCUCUGUGUGUGUGUGUGUGUGUAUAUAUUUAGAUUUUUUAUUUCGUUUUUUUUUUUUUUUUUUUUUUAUUAGAUACCCUUUUAUAUUGCAAUAAUUUCACAUUCUAUCUACAAAUUAAUGUAGAAACAAUUACUGAAACAAUAUUACUGAUGUCUCUAGAAAAUUGUUCCUGAUAUUUAACCACUGACACAUUCAACAUUACAGUAUAACUGAGAGCUAUGAAUUUUAACGUUUAUUAGACAUUAAAAAAUAACUUCUAAUAUAACUUGGAACAAUAUUUACAUAAACCUAUCACUUACUCGUGCCCUGAAUAAACUUAUCAGACACUACAUAAUACAUUAAAUUUAGAUGAACCUAUAAAGGUACAAAUGUUUUUGAUUUCCUUUUUUUUUUUUUUUUUUGUUCUUUAAUUAACACACAGCUGGGUUAUUAGCUUAUUUUUGGCUGCUAUUACUUUAAGAGCCGACGCUGCUGAACGUGAUGCGGAUCUGACGCGUGCUAGUAGUUUAAUUCAUACUUUAAUAUGAAAUGAUACAGGCUCCGGCGCGCACUGCCGCAUUUAUGCAUGCAAUUAUAAGUGUGUACAUUUGAUGUGAUUGUAAAGAUGUUGUGUGUCUAAAUAAAUGCAAACAGAGAGACAGGAUUGCCAGGUUUUCACAACAAAACCCACCCAAUUGCAACCCAAAACUAGCCCAGUCGUGUUUCAAAUGGGGUCCCCUGUUAAAAAUCACAUUCGGGGGGGGUAAAAUACAUGUUUUUUGGCAGGUUCCCUGGUAAACUUUGCAUUCCAGGAACUAAAUGUCAAGUUAUUGGAGUCACUUCAAGCCACAAGCAUGAAAAACAGCCCACAGCAACAGUGUUAAAGUAGCAGGAAAACACUGAAGAGACAGAAGCCACAGUUCUAAGGUGGAUUCCAACCCUAGCCCCGCCCCCUCAUUAAAUAUUUUUAAUGCUGUUAAACUGGAAGAAUUACUUGCCUGUGUUAAUGUGCUAAUUUUGACAGCAUAUAAACAACACAUGUAAAAUGAACAGUUUUUGAUGCUCAAAGAGGACCAAUGUCAAUUUUUUAAGAAUCAUUUGUAGCAAUUUUUAUUUUGUCUUGUUGGAUGUAUUUUAAGCAGCUUCUUCAGAGCAGUCAUUCUAGUGUGUGUGUGUGUGUGUGUGUGUGUGUUGUAGCAUUCAGAAGGUCAGUUGUGACCGACACACUAUAUAAACAACUGCAUCCUUCCUGCAGAAAUGAUGAUUCAGGCCUCAGCGAGUGUGUGUGUGCGUGUGUGUGUGAUCUUAAAGACGAGGGUCUCGUGACUUUUCUUUAAUAGUGCCAAUAAAUCAGACAAUAUGUGGCUGAUUUUGUUCUGGGCGUCGGAAGCGUCUCCUGCGUCUCUUCCAGCAGCCUUGAUGAGUUCAGAUAAUUAAAAUAUUUGUGGUCAGAUGAGUGCUGAGUUGAAAUGUUCAGGUGACGCUCCCAAUUAAAAGUGACAUUUUGAAGUAGAAAGACUGAAAUAGUGUGUUCCUGUCGAAGGGGCUGUAAGAAUCAUUUCCCAGCAUGUGAGUGAAUAUACAGGUGUGUGUUCAAUGUGAGCAUUUCGUCUCAUUUGUUAGUCUGCAUUUUACUCGUGGUUUCUGAUGUAAUGAAUGCGAUUGAGCUCAUGCGUGUUCUGGUGGAAAUGACACGACUGCAGAGGUAAAACCAUCAAAGGCCUGACCAACGGAAAGCUUCCAUUUCCUCUGGACUUAUUUACAGCCGCCGGCUCCGAGAGCUCAGGAAUCAUGGGUAAUAAUGAGACUGAUGCUGUCUGAAUUACACUCGAGUUUUGGAUUAAAGUACAUGGCAGAUCAGAACUUGUCAAACUAAUAUUUCAGUGAUUAUAGAGACUCUUAAAGGCAGCUUCUGUCACAGUGUUGGACUUUUCCACUGUUUUUGCCCAGGAAAUGACACACACACACUCUGACUGCUUUAGCGGGGCAUGUUGUCACACUGUAUGGACUAAGCUUUGAUAAUGACAACAAUGUACAAAUGCACUAUACUAUUUAAUGGAUUUCAUUACACUGCACAAAUUCAAAUCACAAAAUUACUCAAACUGUGUUAGUUUCUGCAUAAAACUUAAAACAUACUGCUUGUUUUCUUUACAUAAAAAAAGCUUCUCUGUUCUUUUUAUAUUCUACCUAUUUUUUCUAUUUAUUAUACAGUUAAUAA